AUGGCCAUCAAGCACAACCAGCAGAUUCAGAAGAAUCACUUCCACAAGGACUGGCAACGCUACGUCCGCGUGCACUUCGACCAGCCUGGCAAGAAGAAGUCCAGACGCAAUGCUCGUGUUGCCAAGGCUGCGAAGGUCGCCCCCAGGCCUGUUGACAAGCUGAGGCCCGUUGUCCGCUGCCCAACCAUCAAGUACAACCGCCGUGUCCGCCCCGGCCGUGGUUUCUCUCUUGCUGAGUUGAAGGCUGCCGGUAUCCCCCGCAAGUUCGCUCGCACCAUCGGUAUAUCUGUCGACCCCCGCCGCCAGAACCUUUCCGAGGAGGGCCUCAAGGCCAACGUCGAGCGCCUCCAGGAGUACAGGAAGCGCCUCAUUCUCUUCCCCCGCCGCAACGGCAAGACCAAGAACGGUGACGCCUCCGCCGAGGAGGUCAAGGCUGCUAAGAGCGGUGACAACCUCGUCAGCAACACCUCUGCCGUUUUCCCCAUCAAGAACACCGUCCAGCUUGAGGAGGGUCCCAUUGGCAACUACGAGGCCACCGAGAACGCUUACAGGAAGCUCCGUGACUCCCGCGCCGAGGCCCGCUACGUCGGUGCCCGCGAGAAGCGCGCCAAGGCCAAGGCUGAGGAGGCUGACGCUAAGAAGAAAUAA